UUGGGGAGCAGGAGAAUGGGGGUGAGGUUUCCUGAGUGAUGGAUCAGGGACAACCACUCUAACCAGUGUCUGUGUUACACUUCUACAGUCAACACCUCUCACUGGACUCUUACAGGUAAGAGAGGUUGUAAUGAAGCUGCUAACGAGUCUGGUGGUGGUCACCGUCCUGGCUAACCUGAGUCACCUCAAGUCGGUCGAGGCAAGCCGCCUACCUGAGGAUCAAACAACCACCCUCUUGGAAAGCACUGAUCAGGAGGGAUACACAGAUGUGACCGCAAAGAACACUGCAGAAAACGACAACGAAGAUGACAUUUCUUUCGAGAAUGAUAAGGACGAAGACCCAGACUGGAGACCCGUGGAAUAUGAUGAUGAUGAUGAUGACGACGACGAUGACGACAAUGAUGACGGCGAUAAUGACGACGACGGUGACGACAAUGAUGACGGCGAUAAUGACGACAACGGUGACGACAAGGAUGAUGGCGAUAAUGGCAACGAUUAUGGCGAGGACAGUGACGGCGAUAAUAACACAGAGGAAACCAGCGAAGAUCCCUUGUGGCUCUCUGAUGACGACCCGGACUGGAAUUCUGAGGAAUAUGACGAUGAAGACUACAGCGAGGAUGUCGACCCAGAAUAUGAAGAAUUGCUUCAACAGGUGGCGCAGAUGUUGCAAUCCACCGCCCAGUCCUUGCCAGAAGAGGGCAUUUCCGAAACAAGGAGGAAGCAAACCCAAAAUAUUAUCGAUAGCAUCAGGGACACUAUUCCAACGAAGACUGCAGCUCGCAGUUUCCUGAACCAGUUGCUCUUACUAGCCAGCGAGAAUAACAAACAUGUGAACGAAAUCAGCGAAGAAGACGUCAGCACCUACGGCGAGGUCGACGACCAAGACCAAAGUCACGAGGUUCCCUCUAACAAAGUGAGGCGCCACGCGCACCAGCAUCUUGAUCAAAUAAGGCAGUACCAGUCUGCAAAAGGACAGUCACCAGUUGGUCUGAUAAGAGAGACUUUGGACAACGGAGAAGGAGAAGUGGAUGGAGAUAGGACCAUCAGCGAAUUUGGUUACCCAGGGUCGGGGCAGGUCGACAACUCGCAGCUGUCCCAAGGAGUGGAGCCGCUGGGGCCGCAACUCCAAAAGGAAGUGGGUGAGGGCGUGGAGCCCGAGGAUGCCAGUGGGGUUGGUGAUAGGGGUGAUCGUCCUUCCUUCUUGAGAUGGCUAGAGAAGGGCUGGGGUCAAGUUACAGACACAGUGGACAACCUGGGAGAUAAGGCUGAGGAUACACUUUCGCAGUGGGGUGACAAGAUCGCUGAUGCCGCCGACACCGUCCACAAAGCAGCCUCACAAGUAGUCGACAAAGUGCAAGAUGCUGCACAAUCAACAGGAGACAAGAUCGCAACGGCGUUUCAAAGAGCUAAGGAGGAACUGCCCAACCUGCAAGCCACCAUCCUCUCAGCUUUCUCCAAGUUCGGCACCCUCAUACAGCAAGGUGCCAGGUACUGUCUCCAGCGCCUCACCCAUACGUUUGACCAAGUGCGAGGUUCAGAGAUUCUGGACAAGCUGGAGAGGAAGUUGACGGAGGGCAACGCUCAAGUGGCAAAGUUAUUCCAGAUGCUGGGACAGAAGGUGUCGGAGUGGAAGCAAGAACAAGUAGGUGAGAACGUGGACGAAGGGCUCAUAAUCCACCACCAUGAGGAACACAGCAAACCCCAGGACAACGCUCACAUCGAAGAAGCAAUGCCAAACUUUUUCGAAGAUGAUCCAAUCCGCCAACAACUGGAAAAGCUCGUUGAUGUGGGCGUGCUGACUCCAGAUGACAUUAAGGUCUUCUACCAACAGCAGCAGGAGGAACAGCAGCAGGAUCCAGAGAUGGAGAACUACCUGCAGCCCGACCAAUAAGGCCCAAAAUGUAAGCAUCAUAACCAACAGUAAAACCAGCGAGAGGCGGCGAGAUAUUUCACAUUUACUGGUGACAACUUUGAUCUCUCUCCUCACCCACACUACUUAUCACAUUGACAGUAGUUGAAGAUUUAGUUGCCUCAUUUACUUUGUAUAAAGAUUAAGAAUCGUAGAGAUGGAUUGGUUUAGUGAGAGCACACAUAAUACACAGUUUCAAGAGUAUGACAAGAUCCAAGAGGCCAGACAUCAGUGAUAAGCAUAUUUGUUAACAUGUUUAAUAAUUUACACCAUGAACCUGAUCAUUGUCAGUCAGUGAUGAGCAAUAAAUCCAGUUAGCCAAGUCAAAGUUGAAUGUCCUUUUCCAAUGUUACGGGGAAUUUAUUUUUUUAAAUUUUGAGUUCAUAACACCCAAAGAAAACACAGAACCACAUAUUUUGUUUGAAAUAUUGUGAUCUAUUCUUAAAGUCACACAAAACUAUUGUUUAUUUUAUAUCUAAAUGGGAUCUCUAUUUUCUUAAAAAAUGACGCUUUCCUAGAAGAAAAUGAGAAAAAUGAACCAAACAAAAGAGAUGUGCUCAAAAUACUCACCUACACAUAGAUAAAAUCUUGUAACUAUUAACCCCUCUUCCCACUCAACAACAGAACAUCACUUUUCUUUCUUAAGUAAAUUCAUGCCCAUUCAGUUUACCCUUAUAAUCCUUCAAUCUUUUUUAAUAAUUCAAGUUCGUUAAGUCUUUACAACUCAGACUGUUAUAGAGGGACGGAGGGGAGAAGAUUUUUGCAUUUUAUGAUAUUCAAUGGAAAUUUACAUAGUAAAUAAAUUAUAAUUAUCUCC